AAUGCAACACUGUUUCCACUUUGUGUGAAGCACACACCAAAUGAAGUCUUUACGACUAUCAAUGUUGUUCUUACUGCUGGUGAUAGUAGUGGUGGGAGUUCACUGCUACUCCACUGGAGCUCCAGCCAGUGCAUGUAGUGACAUCUACCCAGUGGGACAUCUAGGAACCUCCCAAGAUCUCUCCACUAACCCCUUCCAGUUGUCCCUCUCUGACUUUGACCAGACUUACGGAGGAGAGAUUUACUAUGUCCCUGGGCAGGACUACACCUUGACUCUGUCAGGAUCAGGAGGUGAGCAGUUCAGAGGAUUUCUAGUACAGGCCAGAGCUCUGGCAGAUGGUUCUCCAGUUGGUACCUUCAUUGACAAUGGAGAUGACCAGACACUCAGCUCUUGCAACCCUCCAGAGUCAGCAGUGACUCACAGUAGUAGUUCACUAAAGUCAUUAGUAACACUGAGAUGGACAGCACCAGCAGGAGCUGGUGAAAUAAGAUUUCUGUUCAGCAUUGUUGUACAGAAUUCACAGGGUAACAGUACUUUCUAUGCCACACCUAAAAGUAUCACUUUAAAUUCCUGUGGUCUUCCUCUGUAUGAGAGUGAUGGUCGUUGUGUGGAGACCUGUCCUGAUGGACAGUUUGGUAAUGGCACCACUGGACAAUGCCAGCAAUUGCCCACUAGUUAUGAUAUAGCCUUAAAUGCUACCGUCUACUAUGCUGAGAUACUCAGCGAUUAUCCACUCAACAGUUCAGUUUUCAAAAUAAGAGUUUAUUUUAGCUCCACCGUUGGACUUCUCGACGCCCACAUCAGCCUGUCCCAGACAGGACAGAUCAAUAAUCUGUUUGAGUUUGAAGGAGGCAGAUAUGACACGAUCAGUGUGUCCACUGGAGACUUUAUUUCAAUUGGAGAUCACAGUGUGUUUGACACUGCUAUAAAUCUCGUGCGACGCCCGGGAGCUGUUUUUGCAGAGAGUGACUAUCCUGUGGAUCUACACAUCAGCAUUACAUUGAAUACGUUAUUCUCACCAGACGUCUCUCCUCACAGACAAUCUAUAGGCUCAGGAACCAUAUAUCUCGCACCAGAUCCAUGUGACAACUUACCGUGUGCAAAUGGAUCGACAUGCGAAGCUAUUAGUUCUGUAGAGUACACCUGCCACUGUCCUGCAGGCUAUGCAGGAAGCAGGUGUAGUGAAAUUGAUGAUGCCUGCCUCGCCUUUGAACCGUGUAUCAGUGGGUCUUGUACAGCUGGGACUGGAGCCGACUACUCUUGUGAGUGCUUCACUGGAUUCACAGGAACCAACUGUUCUGAGAACAUUGAUGACUGUCCUGGUAGUGAAUGUGUCAACGGUACCUGUGUAGAUGGUAUUGCAAACUACACCUGUGACUGUGACCCUGGCUUCAAUGGUACUCUCUGUGACCAGGAAAUCAACGAGUGUCACACUGCAGACUGCAACAACGGGACAUGUACUGAUCUUGUGAAUGACUACAUGUGCCAAUGCUAUCAGGACUACACUGGACAGCACUGUGAUACACUCCUCAGCUGUAGCUCCAGCCCAUGUGAAAAUGAAGGUACAUGUAUUGAUGAGGAACAGGGAACUUUCUUGUGCCUCUGUCCUCCUGAAUGGACUGGUAUGACUUGUGGUGAAGAUGCCUUACCUUGUGAUCCAAACCCAUGCAAUAACGGAGGGAUGUGCUUGCAAAACGGCACAGAGUUUUCAUGCAACUGUGCCGUGGGCUGGACUGGAGAGAAUUGUACACGUGACAUAGACGAAUGCAUUAUUGAUGCAUUGUGUGAAAAUGGUGGAACAUGUGAAAACCUAAAAGGCUCAUAUCUGUGUGAUUGUCCAAAAGGUUUCGAGGGAAUGAACUGUGAAGAAGACGUAGAUUUCUGCAACACGUCGCUAGAUGUAUGCGUGAAUGGUGACUGUGUAGAAGGCUAUGGAAAUAAGACGAGUUGCAACUGUAGUCCAGGAUUCACUGGUGACAGUUGUGAAGACGACGAUCCAACUGUAGCAUUUUGUGAGGAACACUCGUGUGCAAAUGGCGGCACUUGCAAUGAGGAUUACGGCCCUAACACUAACUGCAGCUGUGUUAGUGGAUAUACGGGAGAUUCGUGUGAUGAUGACGACCCAAGUGUGGUGUUUUGCGGUAACAAGCUGUGUUUGAAUGGAGGAACAUGCUUGGAAGCAUUUGGUGAUGCAACUGUUUGUUUGUGUCCCUCGGGGUACUAUACUAGGACUAAUUGUACUGCAUUUAGCUGUGCCUCUGCUCCAUGUGAGAAUGGAGGAACGUGUGUUGACGAUGAGGACUAUUCCGGGAGUUUCAAAUGUCUGUGUCCUCGGGAGUGGGCAGGAGAGACUUGUGGUACUAGAGCUUCUCUCACUGAAGAUGACCCUGAAACACAUCUGGUCACCAUUGGAGUGUUGGUGCUGGUAAUCCUGCUGCUCUGUGGGGUCUCCUUGGCUGGCUUUAUUCUAGCUUGCAAAAACUGUGGCAAGACUCGGCAGUACAAUCUUCAAGGGACAGAUUCAAAUGGAAUUGUAAGUUCCAACUACUACGCGAAUGAAGCUGCAGAAGUCGAGUCUCAAGAAGAAAGGUGGCAGUUUGAGCCGGAGAACCGGAGGCUGUCUACUCCAGUGGUAGAAGAUGUACCGCCAGAGAACGAGACAUUAUCGUCUCCCGCUGCCUCCCUUCAUCUCACUCUGGCCAUGACCACAGAGGACAACUCAGAAGAGACAGAGGAAUAACUCAGCCAGAACAUUCACCAAUCUUGACUCAUCACACCCAACAGACUCAAUACUUUUUAUGAUGUUAGGAAUCAUGCUAAUGGUUACUUGAUCA